AUGCAAUUCCUCACUCACGUCGCAUUCCUCGUGGCGCUUCUUCUCGUCUCGCUCACUGUCUGCGAGGGCACACGUGCUGUUAGCCAUUCGAACGACCCCACGAGCAGAGCAGCGGAAGACAACGACCGCCGCGCUGCAGUGGGGCUGAACUUCAGGGGACUGUCGACGGCUCCUGGGGCCGCCUCGAGUCCGGAAGAGCGAAGGGGAGGAGGAGCUCCUGUAAGCGCAACGGGCGGCCUGCACGCGGUGCCUCACAGCCAUCCGAUCAGAGUGGAGAAGGAGAUGGUGGAGAACCCCAAGUAUGUCAACAACGGUCUCUUCCAGCGCAUUGAGCGAUGGUUUGGCUUGUGA